AUGUUCUGGCAUGAUAGAUGGAUUGGAGAUGCAACAUUAAAAGAAUCCUUCCCAGAGUUAUACAAGUUGGAACGGAAGAAGCGGUGUAAAAUCAGUGAGCGUAUCAAACCAGGAGACAUCAGCUGGGAUUGGAAAGCAAGCCCGACACUCACGGUGCAGCUAAGCGAGGCUGACACACUCCUCGACUUGGUCUGCAACUUUCAACUGAAUUCUCGGAGAGAUGAAUGGAUAUGCAGCAUAUCAAGCGAUAAGGUAUUUCAUGUAGAUGUACUUAGAUCAAAAAUUGAUGGGAGAAAUACGUUGACACCAACAGGGGAAGGUCUAAUCAACCGGAUUCAUGAAGUCCCGUUAAAGGUAAAUUGUUUUAUGUGGAGGGCAUCUAUGGACCGCAUACCAACUGCUACCGCCCUGCUUAAACGUGGGGUGCAAAACGUGACUUCCACAUGUUCCUACUGCGAAUUGGAAGAUGAAGAUGUCAACCAUGUAAUACUAAGAUGCCUAAUGGCUGUCAAGGUAUGGGAAUGGGUAAUCAUAUGGUGUGGGCUUGGUGAAAGAAAAUUUGUGACAAUCGGGGAGCUCGAGAAAUUUCUUUCACAGUGGGGAACAUGUCCAAUCAAACAGAAAAACUUAAUUAGCAUAUGUUCUGGAACGGCUUGGCUCAUUUGGAAAACAAGUGUGACUGGAUCUUCAAGAAGAUUCGUACCUCCCCUACUAAAGUGGCGGAUAUGUUCGAAGACAGACGCUAAACCUAGGGUAACUUUGGCAAGUCAGGUCAAUACUUUGAAAUCGAGUUUUAGCUGCACCCUUCAUUUCUAG